ACAAUGAAACAACGCAACGCAACCGUUCCACUGUACGCGUUGCUGCUGGUGUUCACACUGCAGGUGGCCACCAUGCCGGAAGGUGCGCACGGUUGCAGCAUGAUGAACAACGACAACGCCGAACAACGGGGCGCUCAACUGGCCGAUCCGGCCACCGCCAAAAGGAUGCCCGAAAUCACCAUGCAAGAAGCGGUCGCCCAGUGCAACCGUACGUUCGUGAUCCAGCCCGACUAUCUGUCCGAGCUGAACGAAACCGGAAGCUUCCCGGACGAAACCGACCGGACACCGUUGUGCUUCAUCCGGUGCUAUUUGCAAACACUCGGCAUACUAACGGAGGACGACAAGGUUAACAAGGAGACAGCGCUCGCACUGAAUUGGGCCACCUCCAGUGAAACCGUCGACGAGUGUCUGGACGAGAUGACUGGUUCUGGCUGUGAGAAGGCAUACCUGUUUACGCGCUGCAUCAUGACCCGGGCGCUGGUGGAUGGCAAAAGCAAGAAUAAUAAGUAG